AUGCCACUCAAGGUUUCAGCCGUUCUGGAUCGUGAGGCGGCCAUAUACCUUACUGUCGAUAUACACGUGACGUUAAAGAAUGUAUCAUCAAAGGGACGUGAGUCGCUGGCUUGGGGAAGUGUGCAACUUACAUGUGAACGAACGAUGGGAGCGCAGGUGGCGUUUCGCGAUCGACCCACAACUGCGAUUUCUCGAAGUGCCUCUACCGUUUAUUCGUCUGUGCCGAAUGUGUUGUUUUGUGAUGUUGAGCUAAACCAUGGUGAAACUCGACAAUUCUCCUGCGAGAUAUCGCUGCCUACGCAUGACUUGCCACCGUCGUUUCGUGGUCACUUGGUGAAGUACAUCAAUCGCAUUACUGUCGCAGUACAGCAUGUUCGUGAUCCGAUUAAGCUCAUGCAUAUACCAGUAAGAAUCAUUCCGUCAGUUGGUAUUGACGAAAAUCUGCGACUGGACCAAAAUCCGUUCUUAAUGGAAACUAUGCUACCUGCAACUGUCUGUCAGACAGUUAUGGCGACCGUUGAUGAGAUUACCGCCCCGAAGCGGCCAUACAUGUUCAGCAUGAGGAAUGCACAUGGCAAGGUCGCCAAUAUGACACUAUUUAAGAAAACGUUUCGGUUGGGAGAGGAUGUUUUAGGAACACUUGGCUUUGAAGAUUCUGAGGUACCGUGCGUUCAGUACUCAGUACAUCUGGAAACCACCGAACAACUCACAGAAGACAUUGUCGGAGAGCAUGGCGAAAUGCGAGCCGAAGGAAUGGUGUGUAUACAAUCUUGCUUGGAACUUAGGCUUGAAAUUUAUUUCAAUUUCAUUAUGCUCCACCUGAAGUGGAGGUUGCGGUUCGAAUUCGUCACCUCAGCGCCUCUUAUUAAUGUGGUGUACGGAGAAGUUUGCAAGGCUCCUAUAGAUGUUCCUAUUGAGACGCUGACGUGGAAGGUGGAUAUAUAUGUUCUGCCAUGCAGUCCACAAAAUGCAGCUCUCACUGACUCAUCUCACAGUGGCAGUGCAUCUAUGAUAUUAUAG